AUGCGACCGACCCCAGCGAUGAGUAAGGAGACGCUCGUGACUCUAGUGACCCGUCAAAUGGAUCGCAUUGCUCGCAAUUCGGACAAUUGGCAGGAGCGUCUCGCAGCCCUCAGCGAGAUGCAGCGCGCGUUCGAGCAGCUGGAGAGAGACGCCCCAGCUCCAGGAGCAAUAGCUGCCAGUCUGAGCACCGAAAUGUGGAAAACCCUGCGGCCGCUAAAAAGUUUGAUCCAAGACCUGCGCUCGCAGCUCGUCAAGGAGGUCUGCACGCUGCUUACGACCGUCUCGAGGGUCACAGGAGACGCCAUGGCUCCUUUUCUACGGGACGUGCUGCCCACGCUCGUAGAAGUGCGAGGCAGUGGGAACAAAGUCUGUGGCUCGUACUGCAGCGAGUGUCUUGACGCUCUCGUCACGCAGACGGUCGUGAAGGGCGCGACGCUGCGGCUCUUUGUGGACAUUUUGCUCGAGAGCAAGAACAAGCUCAUUCGUCUGUGCUGCAUCUCGUGUCUCCAUCGCGCACUUGUCACGUGGAGCCAGGGGAUGGACAAAGGUGACGUCCAGCAGCUGGAAAAGGGACUGCAGCACGCCUUGUACGACGCCAGCUCCUCGUGCCGCACGCAAGCGCACGAGCUCUUCAUUGCCUUCCACAAGGUCUUUCCCAAACGCGCACAAGUUGUCAUGAGCUUGGUCGACUACAAGAUUCUAAAACGACUCGAGGCACUGGUGUUGUCGGACGCGGGUGAGACGAUGAAAGGCGCAGACUCGGCGUCAAAUGCUAGCGUGGAUGAGGACCUCCUGUCGUCGGGACUGCUAGUGCAAUUGUCAACAGGUUCGACCUUGGACAUUGGUGAUCGUGUGUGCAUUUCGGAUCGAGAACUCUUUGGCUUUGUACGCUUUUUGGGCGAAAUCGUCGGCGCUAGAGGAGUCUGGGUGGGCGUUGAACUGGACGAACCUCACGGCAAGAACGAUGGCAGCGUCAAAGGAAGGUUCUACUUCCGUUGUAAACCAAAGCACGGCGUCUUCGCACGGCCACAUCAAGUUUUCCUGACAAUGUCAGGGUCCAAGUUUCAUGAACAUCAGCAGCAGCAGCAGAUCGAAAACAGGGAUCAAAUUGUCCAAGUGGCUUCGCCACUGGACGCUGUCGAGCUCGGCGGUGAGGCAGAAACUGACGAAAGUGCUAGACAACCUGCGACACCGGAGGGAGUAACAUCAAUAUCCCAAAGUGCUUCGCCACUGGAGGCUGUCCCUGCCUUAUCGUUGAACCCGCUCGCCCCAAGUGAUACGCCUGAGCCGUCCAAGCUGAGUUUAGUGCUGAACCAAGCCUCCGUAGCACACCGACGGUACUUGAAUCGCCUGCUCAUGCAUGUCCGCGCAGAGCUGGAGGAGCACGAGCGUUUUGAGAAUUGCGGAGCAACUGCUAGCUCGGCUGAUGCGGUCCAGUACCUCCAGCAACUUCAAAAUAGCGCCCAAGACAAAAUUGUGCUCUCCGAUGAGUUUGUCCAGCAAGUCAUUCGAGCCCAACAGGAUGCGCGGGAGUCAUAA